GUUAACUUUUCACUUCAACUGUCUACAUCCUCAACCUGGCUGUCUCCGACACCUGCUUCCUCCUCUGCUCGACUACUUAUCUCAUAGCUUAUGUGGUGGAAUAUCCAUUUUGUGUGAAGGUUGUUUUUAUUUUCAUAAUGUUGCUAUUUAGCAUGCUGGCUCUGUCGACGUACAGCACCAGCCUGUACCUCCUGAUGGCCAUCAGCACUGAGAGGUGUCUCUCCGUCCUCUACCCCAUCUGGCACUGAUGCUGCCGGGCAAAACGCUUGUCUGCCCUUGUCUCUGCCCUGCUCUGGGCUCUCUCCAUGCUGGUGUCCUGUCCAGUGGGUGUUUUUUGUAUUGUUCUUUUAGAUGAAAACUGUGUCAAAUCCUUCCUACCCAUCUUUGUUCUGAAUGUCCUGAUAUUCACUCCCAUCAUGGUUCUGUCCAGUUUGACCCUGUUAAUCAAGGUCCAAUAUAGCUCACAGCAACGUCAGCCAGGAAAGCUCUAUGCUGUUAUCCUGCUCGCCGUCCUCUUCUUCCUCCUCUUCACUGUCCCUCAGAGUGUUCAGAUCUUCCUCUCUUAUCGUAACACACACAAUCCCAGUGAGAUAUUUCAUGUGCUGGCCUCUGCAAGCAGCAGCACCAUCCCAUUUAUUUACUUUCUAGUCGGGAGCUAUGGGAAGUGGCGAUUCUAUGGCUCCAUCAAGAUCUCACUCCAGAGGGUUUCUGAAGAGAAGACAGAUUCCAGAGAAGAUGGAGAGACCACGAGUGCAGAGCCAGUGGAGGCGGUCACUUAA